UCAAACCAAGGGAAGGAGGAGAGAGGCAAAAAAGGCGCUGAUCCCAACCCGCCGCCGCCGCCGCCGGAUUUCCCCUUCGAACGUUCGCCCCCAGGCGGCCGCGCGAUUGGCUGCCGCGCGUUCUAAGCCCCCGGGGGGGCUGCGACUCAACGUUCCAAGCGGGCGCCGAACGUUCUAAAAAGGCAACUCGGCGUUCCAAGAGCCGCGCCGUCCGGACGAUGCACGCGGGGGCUUUUUUCAUGGAUUUCUCCCCCCCGCACGAGUAGAAGGAGGCGGCGGCGGCGACCUUUUCCCCUUCUCCUCUCUUUCCACUCCUCCUGCGAUUCCCUUUCUCUUUCCUUUUUUCCCCUUUUUUAAUUCACCCCCCCCAUUCCCCAAUGGAAGACGUCGGCGCUUUGGUGGCGGCUUACUCCCGCGGCCUGGCUGGGGGCCUCGGCGUGACCGUGUGCGCCGCCGCCGGCGGAGUCUUGCUUUAUAAAAUCGCGCGAAGGACGAAGCCCACCCACACGACGGUCAACUGCUGGUUUUGUAACCAGGACACCGUGGUGCCGUACGGGAACCGCAACUGCUGGGAUUGCCCGAAUUGUGAGCAGUACAACGGAUUUGAAGAGAAUGGAGAUUACAACAAGCCAAUCCCAGCUCAAUACAUGGAGAAUCUAAACCACGUGGUUUCUGGGGCGGGAGCCUUUUACGACCCCACGAAGCCUCAGCAAUGGGUCAGCAGCCAGCUUCUCCUUUGUAAAAAGUGUAACAAUCACCAGACCAUGAAGAUCAAGCAACUGGCCUCCUUCAGCCCCAGAGAAGAGGGUAAAUAUGACGAAGAAAUUGAGGUCUACAAACAUCACCUGGAGCAGACUUAUAAGCUUUGCCGGCCCUGCCAAGCUGCCGUGGAAUAUUAUAUCAAGCACCAGAACCGCCAACUUCGGGCCCUUCUGCUCCGGCACCAUUUUAACAAUCGGAAAAGUGGCAAGACUUACAUGCAGAGCUUUUACGCCUCGGCUUCUGCAGGGAACACCACCCCGCUACGCGUGAUCCUUCUGCGGUUUCUGGCGUUCCUCAGUUGCGCGAUUCUCGUGGUGAUGGCCCUAUAUGGGUCAGGAGAUCCAUUUUUCUCAGGACCUGCUACAUCGCCAGUUCCACCAAGCCCAGGUCUGUCGAGGAACAAGACUGGGCCGCCACCACCGCCGCCGCUGGUGACCCUGCCACGUAACGGCACCUUUCUGGAAUCGAUGGACUGGCAGGAGGCUAUCCAGUCACUCUCAGCGUGGGCCGUAGAGAUCCUGGAAGCCGCCUGGAUCUACGGGAAGAACCACCAGAUGGCCAUGGUUGUCUUGGGGCUCUUCACUUGCAUCCUGGCUAUGUUGCUGGCAGGACGGAUCAGGCUCCGACGCAUCGACGCCUUUGCUGCCUUCCUGUGGCUGCUGUUGAUGGGCUUCCACUUGGUAGAGACGUAUCUGCAGGUGGACAUCCCCAGCUGGGUGGAGACCGCCAAGUUCGGCACCACCUCCCUGUGCUGCUUGGUGGGGUUCGCCGCCGCCGUGGCCACGCGGAAGCCCGGGGGCCAGUGGAGACCUCGGCCCCGAAGGUUUUCUCCAGGAGACCCGGUGGCCAUGUUCCCCAGCAGUGCUGAGUUGAGCUUUGCCUAUCCUUCUGCUCCCCUUCCUUUCGCCCCCACGCCUCCCAGUAUCCUCCAGUUGAACCAGCGGCUUUUCUGCUCUCCCCGUCGGACGUCGUCCUCAUCUCUUCCUGGACGGCUGAAUCGGGCCCUUUCACUCGGCACGAUUCCUUCCCUGGCCAGGACCGAUUCAGGCUACCUGUUCAGCGGAAGCCGCCCGCCCUCGCAGGCUUCCUGCCCCAAGGACUGGGCAGCAUCAGAAUAUUUCUCGGUCCACUCCGGAAGCUGCGUGCCGUCCCCGGCACCCUCGCCGGCACCAUCGGUGGCCGGCUCGGUGGCGUCCAGCUCCAGUUCCUUGCGUUUCCGCCGGCCUCUGAUCAGCCCCGCCCGGCUGAACCUGAAAGGACAGCAGCUGCGGCUCUUUAUGGGACAAAGCAAAUUCCAUCGGGGGGAAGAUUUCGCCCCCUCGGAAAACGGCCUCUUUGCUCCGGAUCGGUCACUCUUUCCCAAAACGCACUUCGGCGAGCCGAGCUCACCAGAUGUGACCGCUGUGGUCGAAGGCAGCAGCGUCUCCACCGAGGAUUCAGGGAAAAAGCGAGACGAUUCGUCGCACUCGUCAAACUGUGUGGUCGACACCACGACGAAAGAAGAACCUUCGGGCUGGAAGGGAUGCUUUGGGAAUCUACUUCUCCGAGGUCUCCUGGCCCUCAGCCUGACGGCCAACGCCAUCUUCACCUCCGCCUACCUCUACCAAACGUUGCGAUGAGCCUCAGCCCCCCCCUCCAAAAAAACUGGGGAGUCUUCCCCAUUUUCCUCGUCCUGGAGAUCGCGAGGUUGCAGAAGAGACUCGGACAUCACAAGGACCUUCGCCGCCGCCUAGCCGUGUCCUGCAGGCAGCGGGAUCCAGUCUGUUUCUCCACCAUUGCUGCCCUGAUAUUCCUUGCCUACUUCUCCACCAAUCUGAGGUAGUCCUGGUGGAAUCGGGAAGCGCUCUUGACUUUUUUUGCCCUGGUUUUCCUUGAUUUGUACAGAAUGUGGGAGGAACCCAGAAAUGGACUUUGAAAGGCAAAGGCCAGGCGUUGCGUUCUGCCCUUCAGCCACCUUGCUUCAGUCGCAAACCUUGAAUGGUGGUUAGAUUCUGGCUUACGGAGAAAACGUAAGAACUUUGGGAGAGUCUUUCUCUCCGUCCUCUUUAGUCUUCCAGGCCCCAGCCCUCUUUUUCUAAUCUCUGUGUGGCUGAGGGGAAAAAAACCCAAGUCUUUUGCAUUGUUGGGUCGUUUGCUGACUUCCAGCAUCCGGUCAGUUGGGAUGUUUGGAGUAAGUCUCUGUUACUGUAUGUGUGUUUGUUCUUAAUUUAUUAAUUUUCAGGGCCAUGAAGAUAGAUAGGAGUCUCUGAGAAGCUUCAUGCAGGCCAAAAUGGGUCGGUGGGCUGCAUCGGGGACAUCUUUUAUCAGCCUCAGGGGAGACCUGGGCAAAAUAAAGUGGGGGGUUUUUUUCCCCAUGUUUAAGUGGCCCAAAUCUGUCCUAAUUUUGCAGAUGACAUCCUGCUUUUCCCCCCAAACCAGAGACCUGCUCUUUCAAUUGGGCUUUUGCAUCUGGAUGUUCCAUACUUCAGCAGCAGGAGACACCCUGCAUGUAGAAAACUAGCAGAUCAGGGAGAAAGGUGAACCCAGAUGGCUUUUUUUUUUUUUUUUUUUAAGAAUUUUUCCUCAUUGUGCAGUUGAGCUGAGCUUCAGGUUGUCAGCUCUGCCUACAGUUUGAAAAUCCUGAUUUAUUUUUUAAAUGUAUCUCUCUGAGCAGGUCUGCUGGAAAUUAGAAUUAAACCCAGCUCUGGAAAUAACUUUCUACAUUACAGACAGGCUUAAACUUUGUUCGGCUCAGGUUGGCUGGCUAACCGAGGAUGCUUCUGUCUUAGCCAGCUGUGCAACAUGGGUUAGAAGGCUGAUUGUUUUUUUUUUAAGAGCAUGACAAAAAAGAUACACCUUUUUCCGCCUGUUUAGCAACCAAGAAGUUUUAUUUUUUAGCCGUUAGACAGUGGCCAAGAUUAAGGCCCACCAGUUUAGCCAUGGAUGAUCCUGGCUUGGUAGCGGGAUGUUUAAUGUCUUAUUGCCAACUCACUACCUAUCAUUCUUGUUUAAAUUUGCUUAAUAAAGCAAAUUUCUCCAAUGUGGUGUUCUCCACACAUGGGUGUUGUAGAGAAAGCAGUUUUUCUUUUUUAAAAACAAAAUAUCAGCAAAAAAUACACGGGGGGGGGGAACAUGACAGAUCAAAACAAGAGGCCUGUAGUUUUUGGUGCUAGGAUACACUUAUUAAAAUCACACUUGGUGCACAGUGUUCCUUUAUCACAGUGUUAAGUACCGGGUGUCUUAAUGGUUAUUCCUUUUCAAACUUUUUUUUUUUUCUUAAACUUCAGGAUAAUAGGGAAAAAACACACACAUAACAAGAAAGCCAUUUUUUUAAAUGUAUAUUUCAUGUUGGUUUGGUUUUGCCCAUGUAUGCCUCCGUUUUUUCCUUUUCUGAUGGGGAAUAAAUAGGGUCUAAAAUGUUUGGCAACUGAAAAGGAAUUUUUUCCCCCCCAAAUUAACCACAUUUCCGUAGAAGCAAUCCCUCUCUCCCUGUCUCUUUGUAUCUUUUGUUAUACACAAAGACGCACACAUAAAUACCGCAGCACUCCAUGAGGACUAGCUUCUUGCUGAAUGUACAAGAAUGAUCAAAUACACUGUGUCCUGCGAGGCUUGAAUUUUACAACGGGUGGGAAUGCCACUGAACGCCAUUUUAAGAAAACGGGAUCUUUGUUUCGUUUUAUACUUAAGGAAGCUGUAGAGAACCUGCCUCUCAUUGGUUUGUUUAAGAAUUCAUGCCCAAGGAGAAGGGUGUUUCUCCCCCCCCCCUCUGUUUUGAUUCCUCUUUUGAGAUGUUUUAUGUUCUGCGUUUGAAAGAUUAUUUUUCUUUAUAAAACGGUAAGAAUAAAGGUGAUGUUGUAUCUUGA